UACAUGUCCAUGAAAAAAAAAAAAAAGAGCAGGACAAAGCGAGGUUCUUCUUUUAUUUACACAUCUUUUUUUUUUGUUUAAACACAAGCCCUUACUAAUGAAUGUGUUUGCCGAGUAGCUUGUAAACGCUGCAAUAAUCAUCCGAAAGAAAGAAAAAAUUGUGCUCGGGUGCCAGAGAGACGAGCAGCAAUUCUGAAAGAGAAGGGAGAAAGAGAAGAUUCAUCAGAUAGUUACUUCCUUAUGUGUACACGUUGAAAAAGCGGGUUCGACAGCACGUCGGGAUCUUUGCCGGAUGAGCGGAGAGAGCUGCUCGAGACACCACCACCCGGCGGCAGCCGAAGCGUACCGAUCGCAGACUCCAGCGCCUGCUGCAGGUCCAGCGGCGGCUGCUGGUUCUAAUUUUGGUUUGCCUUGUGGAGAAAUAAAUUCCAGUGAAACAAGAGGACACAGUGUUACCUUGUUGUUGAAGGUACUGGAAAGAAUAAAUCAUAAGGAAGAAGCACAAUGUCAGCUGGGGGUGCAGAGGAGGACAUCCCUCUGGGCGAGAGAAAGACUGUCACAGACUUCUGUUACCUCCUGGAUAAAUCCAAGCAGCUCUUUAAUGGUUUAAGAGAUUUGCCUCAGUAUGGUCAUAAACAAUGGCAGUCUUAUUUUGGGAGAACUUUUGAUGUUUACACAAAGCUGUGGAAGUUUCAGCAGCAGCACAGACAAGUGCUAGACAACCGGUAUGGUCUGAAGAGAUGGCAGAUUGGAGAAAUUGCUUCCAAAAUCGGCCAGCUGUACUAUCACUACUACUUGAGAACGUCAGAAACAAGCUACUUGAAUGAAGCCUUUUCUUUCUACUCUGCAAUAAGGCAAAGAUCCUAUUAUUCCCAAGUCAAUAAAGAAGACAGGCCCGAGCUUGUUGUCAAGAAACUCCGCUAUUAUGCACGCUACAUUGUUGUCUGUCUGUUGCUCAACAAAAUGGACCUCGUGAAAGAAUUAGUAAAGGAUUUAUCAGAUGAAAUCGAAGAUUAUACACAUCGUUUUAACACAGAGGACCAGUUGGAAUGGAACCUGGUUUUGCAGGAAGUGGCAGCCUUCAUUGAGGCGGAUCCAGUGAUGGUUUUAAAUGAUGACAAUGCUGUAGUGAUUACGUCCAAUCGACUGACCGAAGGAGGGGUGCCUCAGCUGGAACAGGGCAUGAUUGUGGGGCAGCUAACACUGGCAGAUGCCUUAAUUAUUGGAAACUGCAAUAAUCAGGUGAAAUUUAGUGAAUUGACGAUAGACAUGUUUCGAAUGCUACAAGCACUGGAAAGGGAGCCUGUGAAUCUGGCCACACAGAUGAAUAAGCCGGGAACUUUGGAGUCAGGUGAGAAACCAACCAAGAGAGAAAAUCCUCACAAGUACCUGCUCUACAAGCCAACCUUCAGCCAGCUCUACACGUUCCUCUCUGCAUCUUUUAAGGAACUGCCUGCCAAUAGCGUGCUGCUGAUUUAUCUGUCUGCGACUGGAAUCUUCCCCACAGGUCGCUCUGACUAUGAAGGCCCCUACGAUUUUGGUGGAGUGCUGACCAACAGCAACCGCGAUGUGUUGAACGGAGAGACGGUGCACAAACGCAAUCAGUCGCACAAGGAGAUGCACUGCCUCCAUCCAGGUGACCUGUACCCGUUCACUCGAAAGCCUUUGUUUGUUAUUGUAGAUUCUUCUAACAGUGUGGCCUAUAAGAAUUUCACUAACUUGUUUGGUCAGCCUCUGGUGUGUCUGCUUUCACCGACUGCUUAUCCUAAAAGCAUGCAAGAUCAGUCCCAACGAGGAAGCCUCUUCACGCUUUUUCUAUACAACCCCCUGAUGGCCUUCCUUCACACAUGCGGUUUGUCCAGUAUGCGUAGGGGAUUGUGGGACAAAUGUCAGGAUUAUCUGCGAAAGGUCUACCGGGAUGUGGGUCAACUGAUCACUCGCGCCCGCUCUAUAGACCAAGCCUUUCUUCAGUUCUUUGGAGAUGAAUUUCUUCGGCUGCUGCUUAUCCGGUUUGUGUUUUGUUCAGCGACACUUAGGCUCCACAAGAUUUUUAGGGAGACAAGGAAUUAUCCGGAAACAUACCCUCAGCUUCCUAAAGAAGAUACCAUCGAGAACCCAUUGGUUCAGAAGCACAUUCUUGAGCUGGCAUCGAUGUUGGAUGUUCAGAAUCUUUUCUUCAACAGCACCAUUGAUGAUUACUAAGCGGACACCAGCCCUCUUGUUUUAUAGAUCGCCGAUUUUUGAAAAUGUUUGGUUUUCCUACAUAAUGUCAGAUCUGUUCACGUUACUCUUUCUACUUUUUAAAGGCCUAUGGAAUAUUUUUGAAACCAAGAGGUGCAGCUAUAUUUGCGAUGUCAGGAAAACAUGAGUCUACUGAGGGCUUAAAACAAAAAAGAAAACCGAAACUGAUCUUUUGAUAAAGAGGAAGGCGCAACCUUCACUUUCGGUGGUAGACUGCCUUGAGACAGUUCUGCAUGUGUAUAUUACUUGCUGUUUGAUACAGAUGUUCAGCUCCUCGCUUGCAGUAGUCCUUUUUGCACCAUUCCACUUUGGUUGUGAAAGUCUGUUUCCUUGUAAUUAGAGGUGAGUAACCAUCUCUGAUUAGUUUGUCGUUUGCACAAUGUGAAGUGUCUUCUUCAGCCUGCAUGUACAGUACGGAGACAACCAACAGGCGUAGAAUCGCCCAACUUUGCAGCAUUUUUGCCUGCAGUUCUGAGGUUCGGUACUCGAUGUUUGUCGUUUUUUCCGUGGGAGUAUCUUGGUGAUGGACAUCGAUAUUUCCCGUAGAGUACGAAAGGACGGCCACAUUGCCAAAAAAAGGCCAAGGCCUUUCAAUCAUUGCAAAGCCAUUCCUUUUUGAAUAAAUGCCCAUUCAUGUAUAAGCAAUACAUAGAACAUUGUGGUCAGACCUUAACGUGGAGGACCAAACAGGAACGGCCCACCUUUCAUGCUACCUGACAGCAUGCGUGUGUAUGCAGUGUGUAGUGUACUGUAUAUUGUAAAGUGUACUGAUCUAAAUGUUUUUACCACGAGGUGGACACAUCUGUCAAACUGUGGUUGAGGAUUUUUGUUUCUGUUUUAAUUACAUUUGGCCGUUUUAUCUUUUGACGAGGAACGGAUGUCCUUUGGUAGAUGCAUAAUGCUCAUGUGAAGAAAUCUCCUAAAAAUUUCAGUCCCUUGGUUUAGGGACGCUUUUAACAUACAUUUUUCAGGCUUGGGCUAUCCCAGGAGAAUGGCAUGUCUUAAUACUGAAAGUGACCAAAUGCCUGAGAUCUAAAAGUCUGUGAAAAUUAGUUUAUUUAGCAACCUUUGGGAUUUUGCAAAGCACAUUGGCACGUUUUCUUGAACUUGGCAUGGCUAAUGUGUACGAGUAUAAACAAAGAAGCUAAUAUUGUUAACUUAACAUAUACAUGUAUUUUGCUAUUUAUAAAAUGUAUUUAUUAUCGAUCUUAAUUUAAGAGAAACCACACAAUAAGUGAACAUUUGUUAAUUCCUUCGUAUCAUAUCCUGAUUUAGACACUUCCGUAUGCCAUGAUGUUUAUGCACUUGUCUUAUAAUAAUGCUAAGAUAUACAUAUAUAUUUUUCAAACAUAUUUUGAUUAAGCAGGGUUAUUUCAUUUACUUCGUAAAGGAGUAGUUGUUCCAAUUUUGAUAAAUACGGAUCAUUUGAUGAUACAUAUUUAGGUAUAAUUUCUUUUCAAGUCAGUUUAGAAUAUUGGCUUCCAAAAUGAGUGUAGGGUUGAUGGUGACGUCGUAGGAAUAGCAUUGGAACUGUGGCAAUGCCACCUCUCAGAAAAUGUGAAAAAAGUCAAGCACAUACACAAUUAAAACGAAGAGGAGCAAAAAAAAAAAAGUAAAAUUGUUUUGCAGAUUUGUUCUUGCCAAAUUAACACUCUGGGGACACGUGAGACAGUCAACGUUUUGCAUUUUUGUCCUGCUCUUUGUGCCAUCUGUGGGAAUGUGGUUGCUGUGCCUUUAGGGCUGGCAUCA